ACUAUGCACUGGGCUGUCUAAAGAAGUGCGUUUCCUUUUCAAUGGCAUGUAUGUGUGUGUGUGUAAGAGACAGCUGUAGCCCCUGGGUGUGCUGCGCUUCCGUAACGCUUAAAAACGGCUCGCUCCAUACUUCAGACACAACAACAGUUGUGUUUUUUAAGCCGAGCCGUUUGUUUCCUCGCGCAUUGUGUUUUUAAAUUAAAUCGCAUUCGUUCGCCGCUGUAUUAACGGCUUUUUGGGCAAUAUUUGUACGCAUGGACGAGCCGAUCAUCUUUUGUCUUUACUGAUGUUAGAGGAAACCUCCCCGGAAGAUCUAUUUUGCCGAAUGUGUGAAUGACCACUUGUUUAACGUUAACUUCUGUUGAUACAAUCUAACGUUAGUGGGUUUGACCCACACAUGGACUAAGUGGACAAGUCUAAAUCAUCUAAACUUUAAGGUAUUGGGACACCAAGGGCUGAUCGUCUACAGAACGCUUAGAUCUUUGGCCAGUUCUGGCUGCAGCUGUACACCUCAGACUCAGCUCUGAUGUUACCGGCUGAAACGGGUCGACUGUGAGAGGACGACUUCCCUCAGUUAUGUCUACCUUUGAGACAAUCUGGCCUCCCGGCACCGAGUGUGUAGCCAGGUACAACUUCCCUGGAACGGCCGACCAGGACUUGCCCAUGUGCAAAGGAGAUGUCCUUACUAUAAUUGGAGUAACUAAGAAUUUGUCUGCUGGUGCUUCCUUCCAGGAUCCAAACUGGUAUAAAGCGAAAAACGCAGCAGGACGAGAGGGAAUAAUACCAGCAAACUAUGUUCAGAAGAGAGAAGGAGUGAAAUCAGGCAGUAAACUGAGCCUUAUGCCAUGGUUCCAUGGAAAGAUCACACGCGACCAAGCCGAGAGGCUGCUUUACCCCCCAGAGACAGGCCUCUUCCUGGUGCGUGAGAGCACCAACUACCCUGGCGACUACACCCUGUGUGUCAGCUGCGAUGGCAAGGUGGAGCAUUACCGCAUCAUCUACCACAACGGCAAACUGUCCAUCGAUGAGGAGGAGUACUUUGAAAACCUCAUGCAGCUCAUGGAGCACUACACUAAUGAUGCAGAUGGACUUUGUACCAGACUUAUCAAACCUAAACUCAUGGAGGGGACUGUGGCGGCCCAGGAUGAGUUCUCCAGAAGUGGCUGGGCUCUGAAUAGGAAAGAACUGAAGCUCAUCCAGACUAUCGGAAAGGGAGAGUUUGGAGAUGUGAUGGUGGGAGACUACAGAGGCAAGAAAGUAGCGGUGAAGUGCAUCAAACAUGACGCAACAGCGCAGGCCUUCGUUGCAGAGGCUUCUGUCAUGACGCAACUCCGACACAAUAACUUGGUACAGCUGCUGGGGGUGAUCGUGGAAGAGAAGGGCAGCCUCUUUAUCGUCACUGAGUAUAUGUCCAAGGGUAGUCUAGUGGACUAUCUGCGCUCCAGAGGACGUAGUGUUAUUGGUGGAGAUCGUUUGAUCAAUUUCUCAAUGGAUGUCUGCAAGGCGAUGGAAUAUCUCGAGGCCAAUAACUUUGUGCACAGGGAUCUGGCAGCUCGUAAUGUUUUAGUGUCAGAAGACAACAUGGCAAAAGUCAGCGACUUUGGCCUCACCAAGGAAGCAUCAUCUACUCAAGAUACAGCCAAACUGCCUGUUAAGUGGACUUCACCUGAAGCCUUAAGGGAGAAGGCGUUUUCCACUAAGUCAGACGUAUGGAGUUUUGGCAUCUUACUGUGGGAGAUCUAUUCCUUUGGUCGGGUACCCUAUCCAAGAAUUCCUUUGAAGGAAGUUGUCCCACGCGUAGAGAAGGGUUACAAGAUGGACGCCCCAGACGGCUGCCCGGCGGUGGUGUAUGACAUCAUGAAGCAGUGCUGGACUCUGGACCCUGUGCUGCGUCCCAGCUUCAGAGAACUGAGUCAGAAACUUCAAGAUAUCAUUGCCAAUGAGCUUUACCGAUAAAAGACAAAAACUAAAGGAAAAAAAACAGAGGAAGACCUUCACGGGACCAUUCUCUUACAGUCUGACCAAAAUCUACUCCUAAAGCAGUGGACUUGGAAAAAACAUCAGCCAAAUUUGUGCACUCUUUUUUUCUACUUUGCAUCGCUUUCAUGGCUUGAUUUUCUUAAUUUUGGGGAGGCUGGCCUUCUCUACAACAACAACUCACCUCUUUUUGAUUUAGAAGAUCUUCAGCCUCCUUUGAUAUGUCCUCACAUGCUCCCUUAUUUUGGGCUUUUGAUUAGUAUAUUCUGUAAAAAUAAAAAUAAAA